GUCAGCUUUGGUGCCUGACACUGGGGACUCAGGAGGGCGAAGACAGUCUCACCAUCAUGGAUCCUCUGCCGAAAUUAAAUGCUAAAUUUGCCUUCAAACUUUUGAAAGCUCUGGAUGACGACACCUCAAAAAAUAUAUUAUUAUCACCCCUGAGCAUUGCUUCAUCCCUAGGCAUGACCUUAUUGGGAGCAACAGGAAACACUGCAAGGCAGAUAAGGCAGACACUUUCUUUGGAUAAAGGCAGCAGUGAUCCAUGUGAAGAUAUCCACCAGGACUUCCAUUUACUUCUCAAUGAAGUGAACAAGACUGAUCCUGGGAUCAUACUCAAAACAGACAACAGGCUCUUUAUAGAAAAGACAUUUCAUAUUAAAGCAUCUUUUAAAGAUGCCAGCCAAAAGUUCUACAAAGCAGAGAUAGAAGAACUGGACUUUAAGGGUGAUACAGAGCAAUCCCGACAGCAAAUCAACACCUGGGUAGCCAAAAAUGCAGAAGAAAAAAUCAAAGACCUGCUAUCUCCAGGUUCAGUGAAUUCAAAUACUAGGAUGGUCCUCGUUAAUGACUUUUACUUUAAAGGAUACUGGGAGAAGCCAUUUAAUAAAAAGGACACCAGGGAGAUGCCUUUCAAAGUCAGCAAGAAUGAGGUGAAACCUGUGCAAAUGAUGUUUCAGAAGUCUACCUUUAAGAUAACCUAUGUGGAUGAGAUAUCCACCAAGAUUCUGUUGCUUCCCUAUGUUGGCAAUGAGCUGAACAUGAUCAUCAUGCUUCCAGAUGAAGAUGUUGAACUGAGAAUGCUGGAAAAGAAAAUGACUUAUGAGAAAUUUGUAGAGUGGACAAAUCUGGACAAGAUGAAUGAAGAAGAGGUGGAGGUUUUCCUCCCACGGUUUAAGUUGGAGGAGACCUGUGACUUGAACGAUGUUCUUUACAAGAUGGGCAUGACUGAUGUCUUUGAGGAGGGCAGAGCAGACUUUUCUGGAAUAUCUUCCAAGCAAGGGUUGUUUCUGUCCAAGGUCAUACAUAAGGCCUUUAUGGAAGUGAAUGAGAAGGGCACAAAGGUUGCAGUUGCCACAGAUAUUGUGAUGAUGGCUCCACCACCAACUACCGACAUCUUCCGUGCUAACCACCCCUUUCUUUUUAUCCUUGUGGCCAAAAAUAAUAUGAUCCUUGGCCGGUUCUCCACUCCCUGAGGGAAAUGUGUUUCUGUCAGUACUUUACCGCUCUACAUGGUUUGCCUGUGACCCACUUUAUCUUAUCCAUAUGUGCAAUGACAGUUAUGAAAUAAACGGCUCCAUGGCAU